AUGGCGCCGCAUCUCCCGCCGCCGGAGUUGCCCGACGACGCCGUCGCUGAGAUCCUCCUCCGCCUCCCGCCGGACGAGCCCGGCUGCUUCUUCCGCGCCUCCCUCGUCUGCAAGCUCUGGCAGCGCCUCCUCACCGACGCCGCCUUCCUCCGCCGGUACCGCCGCUUCCACCGGACCCCUCCCCUGCUCGGAUUCUUCUACACAUACGUCUUCCGCGGCAGGAUCAUCCCCUUCUUCACCCCCACCACGCCAGCCUCCCCUUUCCCCCAGCCGAUGCUCGACUGCCGCCCCUGGGGGGCAGGGGGCGACCUCACUGUCUGGGACCCAGUCACCGGUGCCCGGGAGAAGUUCUGCGAGCCCGACGUCCCGAGCGGGCCCUUCUCCGUCGCGGUGCUCUGCGCCGCCGCCGGAUGCGACCACCGCGACUGCCAAGGCGGCCCGUUCCUCGUCGUCUGGGCGUCUACGUGUUCCAACCGGCUCGCGCAUGUGUGCGUGUACUCGUCGCAAGUGGGUUCCUGGAGCACGUCCGCUUCUGUUCGCGUAGGUGUCGCAGACUUACUCAGCCUGAACCGCCCCGCCCAUGUUGGAGACGCUAUCUACUUCAUGCUUAAGAAUCAGAUGGGUGCUAGGAUCCUCAAGUACGACCUGGUCAAGCAUCACUUGUCUGUGAUCGAACCGCCGGAAUCGUGCGGCAAGUGCAUCUUCAUCGUGCCAAUUGAGGACGGUUCGCUUGGGGUUGCUGGCGUCAGGGGUUCCACCAGCCUUUACCUGUGGACUGUGGUCGAGGAAGGCAGAUUCCGGGGGAGUUGA